UGCUAUCUUGUACGGACUAUGGAAAGAUGUAAGAAAGGAACUUUCAUUAUCUGCUCUUUGUCGUCCACCCGGACCUAUAACAGCGCGGCACAGGUUAUCUUUUAGAAUUUAGAUCAAAUCGUAGGACAGGGAUAUCUUUUUCCAUAACUCAUUCUUUGGUUUGUGAUGGUUUGCUUGUCGCUUAAAGUGGGCACAAUGAUCUUAGGUUUAAUUGAAUGACAUGAUGUUAUUCAUGAAAACUUCUCCUUAGGAGCUAACCUUUAGGGAGCUAACCUUUAGGGAGCUAACCUUUAGCAGAGUCCAGCUGUCUCUCGUGCAGUUGGAGUUCAGUUAACCUUAGCUACGUAUUUAAGCGAACUAUUCCGUCAAGGCAACAUAAUGUCACAAGAAGAGCCUUUUCCUGAUUCGACACAGGCGAAUCAGUGUGAAAGGAAUGUCAGGGACAGCAGGAGCAGGAGCAGAAGCCGGCUCGGUCUGCUUGUCACGGGGGUGGUCGGAGGGUCGCUUGUCGCGCUCUACGCGGUGGCCGUUCCGUUUGUCGCUCCUGCCCUGAGAAAAAUCUGCCUCCCGUUUGUACCAGCGACCACAGCUCAGGUGGAAAAUGUCCUCAAGGUGCUGCGGGCCAGAUCAGGAAAACUGGUGGACAUUGGAAGUGGAGAUGGAAGGAUAGUGAUAGCAGCAGCCAAGCAUGGGUUUCAGGCAUCCGGCUUUGAGCUGAACCCCUGGCUGGUGUGGUAUUCUCGCUACAAGGCCUGGAGAGAGGGAGUCCACUGCUCCACCUCUUUCCACAUCUCAGAUUUGUGGAAGGUCAGUUUUGCUCAGUACUGCAAUGUUGUCAUUUUCGGAGUCCCUCAAAUGAUGGAUCAGCUGGAACUGAAGCUGGAAAUGGAAUUACCGAGAACAGCCAAGGUGGUGGCCUGCCGCUUCCCCUUCCCUACC